CGCGCGCUUUCCAUACCACGUGAAGAUUUCGCGGGAAAAGUCAGCGGUCAGAAAAAAAAACACUUGCGUAGAAGCAGCGGAGACAAGCCGGCGAUACACAAUGGCGGAUUCAUCCGAGUCAUCUCACAUGGCGACCAGCCCCAUCCAUGGUUCCAGACGGGGAGACCUGACCUCCAGCCCGGGGAGAGACCUGCCCCCCUUCGAGGACGAGUCAGAGGGGCUCCUGGGUGAUGGUCCUCUGCCAGGGGAGGAGGAGGAGGGAGAUGGGGAGGAACUGAUCGGAGAUGCGAUGGAGAGGGACUACCGAGCCAUCCCUGAGCUAGACAGGUAUGAGGAGGAGGGUCUGGAUCUUGAUGAGGAGCUGUCGGAGCUGUCUCCUGGAGCCAGGGCUGCUGCUGAGGACGCCAUGAGGAGAAGAGACAGGGAGCAGGGAGGCAGGCUGAGGAGAGGUCUACUUUAUGACAGUGAGGAUGAGGAUGAGCGCCCGGCUCGGAGGCGUCGCCUGGCUGAGCGGGCUGCAGAUGGGUCCGGGGUGGAGGGAGAGGAUGAGGAGAUGAUUGAGAGCAUUGAGAACCUGGAGGACAUGAAGGGUCACUCAGUCAGGGAGUGGGUGGUCAUGGCCGCUCCUCGUCUGGAGAUAUACCACCGUUUUAAGAACUUCCUGCGCACCCACGUGGAUGAGAAUGGCCACAACGUGUUCAAGGAGAAGAUCACCGACAUGUGUAAAGAGAACAAGGAGAGUCUGGUGGUGAACUACGAGGACCUAGCAGCCAGGGAGCAUGUCCUGGCCUACUUCCUGCCUGAGGCACCAACUGAAAUGCUGAAAAUAUUUGAUGAGGCAUCCAAGGAAGUAGUCCUGGCCAUGUACCCCAAAUAUGACCGCAUCGCUCACGAGAUCCACGUCAGGAUCUGCAACCUGCCCCUCGUCGAAGAGCUGAGGUCCCUCAGACAACUCCACCUGAACCAGUUGAUCCGUACCAGUGGAGUGGUGACCUGCUGUACAGGUGUCCUACCUCAGCUGGGAAUGGUCAAAUACAACUGUAACAAGUGUAACUUCAUCCUGGGGCCCUUCUUCCAGUCCCAGAACCAGGAAGUGAAGCCAGGGUCUUGCCCCGAGUGCCAGUCCUUCGGCCCUUUUGACAUCAACAUGGAGUUGACUGUGUACCAGAACUACCAGCGAAUCACCAUUCAGGAGAGCCCUGGGAAGAUCGCCGCUGGCCGCCUCCCACGCUCCAAAGAUGCCAUCCUGUUGGCUGACCUGGUGGACCAAUGUAAACCUGGAGACGAAAUAGAACUGACGGGGAUCUACAACAACAACUACGACGGCUCUCUGAACAUGGCCAACGGCUUCCCAGUGUUCGCUACGGUCAUCAUGGCCAAUCACAUCGCUCGGAGAGACAACAAAGUGGCCGUGGCCGAGCUCACUGACGAGGACGUCAAGGCCAUCGUGGCGCUGUCUAAGGACGAGCGCAUCGGGGAGAGGAUCUUUGCCAGUAUCGGCCCCUCCAUCUACGGCCACGAGGACAUCAAGAGAGGCCUGGCUCUGGCUCUGUUUGGUGGAGAGCCCAAGAAUCCAGGUGGGAAACACAAGGUUCGCGGUGACCUCAACGUGCUCCUGUGCGGUGACCCCGGUACAGCCAAGUCCCAGUUCUUGAAGUACGUUGAGAAGGUGGCCAGCAGAGCGGUGUUCACCACAGGCCAGGGAGCCUCCGCUGUGGGCCUGACCGCCUACGUACAGAGACACCCGGUCACCAGGGAGUGGACCCUGGAGGCUGGAGCCCUGGUGUUAGCAGACAGAGGGGUCUGUCUCAUCGACGAGUUUGACAAGAUGAACGAUGCAGACAGAACCAGUAUCCAUGAGGCCAUGGAACAACAGAGCAUCUCCAUCUCCAAGGCUGGCAUCGUCACCUCGCUCCAGGCACGCUGUACUAUCAUCGCUGCUGCCAACCCUAUCGGUGGUCGCUACGACCCUUCUCUGACCUUCUCGGAGAACGUGGAUCUGACCGAGCCCAUCGUGUCUCGUUUUGACAUCCUGUGUGUGGUCAGAGAUACUGUGGAUCCAGUGCAGGAUGAGAUGCUGGCUCGUUUCGUGGUGGGCAGCCACAUUAAGCAUCACCCCAGCAACAAGGAAGCUGGCAUGGCUGGCUUGGAAGAAGUGGUUCUGCCCAACACCACAGACGUGCCUCCUAUCCCCCAGGAGCUGCUGAGGAAAUACAUCAUGUACUCCAAGGAAAGGGUCCGGCCCAAACUCAACCAGAUGGACCAGGAUAAAGUGGCUCGUAUCUACAGCGACCUGCGCAAAGAGUCCAUGGCGACAGGCAGCAUCCCCAUCACGGUGCGUCACAUCGAGUCCAUGAUCCGCAUGGCGGAGGCCCACGCCAGGAUGCACCUCCGAGACUACGUAGUGGAGGACGACGUCAACAUGGCCAUCCGAGUCAUGCUGGAGAGCUUCAUCGACACUCAGAAGUUCAGCGUCAUGAGGAGCAUGAGGAAGAUGUUUGCCCGUUACCUGGCGUUCAGACGAGACAACAACGAGUUGCUGCUGUUCAUCCUGAAGCAGCUGGUGUCAGAGCAGGUGGCGUAUCAGAGGAACCGGUACGGAGCACAGCAGGACACCAUCGAGAUCCCAGAGAAAGACCUGGUGGACAAGGCCAGACAGAUCAGCAUCCACAACCUGUCAGUGUUCUAUGACAGCGACGCGUUCCGAUCCAACAAGUUCUCUCACGACAUGAAGAAGAAGCUGAUCCUGCAGCAGUUCUAAAUCUGUUUCCUGGGGUAAAAAAAAAAGACUAGCCUCUGUCUGUGUUCUGAAUCUGUUUCCUGGGGUAAAAAAAAAAGACUAGCCUCUGUCUGUGUUCUGAAUCUGUUUCCUGGGGGAAAAAAGACUAGCCUCUGUCUGUGUUCUGAAUCUGUUUCCUGGGGGAAAAAGACUAGCCUCUGUCUGUGUUCUGAAUCUGUUUCCUGGGGGAAAAAGACUAGCCUCUGUCUGUGUUCUGAAUCUGUUUCCUGGGGGAAAAAGACUAGCCUCUGUCUGUGUUCUGAAUCUGUUUCCUGGGGGGAAAAAGACUAGCCUCUGUCUGUGUUCUGAAUCUGUUUCCUGGGGGGAAAAAGACUAGCCUCUGUCUGUGUUCUAAAUUCACCCUUUCCAUAUGUAGUGUAAUACUUUUGAAUAGGGCCCAUAAGGGGUGUGAUUUAUUUUUUGGGGGACACAGACUGUCUGGAUGUGUAAAUAGUUGUAAAUGUUUGUCAUCCUGUUGUUGGUUAAAACAAGAAGAAUCCUAAUAGGGAACGAAAUGGCCCAAUUUUAAUGCGAUCAAUGUUACAAUUAGUAUCUGUUAAUGUACCAUGUUUUGUGAACGUAGCCUAUAUACCUUCAUUCCAAACUACUUUCGACUUUUACAUUUUGGAUCACAGCUUGUGUGUUUUUUUUGUAACGGACUUUUGGACGUGUAACUGAGUAUUAAUGUCUUAUUUUUAGUAGAUAAUCUGAUUAUCUUCUGGACACUGAAAUAUGAUGUGAUAUUAUUUUCUUCCGGACCAGUGACUUUCUGAUGACCUUCAUGACUUCCUGUUCUGGUCUGUGACUAGAAUUCUGGGAUAACGUUUUGGUAAAUAAAUUUCAUUUGUUGAA